UUUUUUUUUUUUUGGGGAACCCGUGCCUGCGCUUCCGGGAAAAAAAAAGCGAGCGAGGGAGCGCGAGUGCGCGUGCGUGUAAGUGUGAGUGAAUGUGACGCUUGAGACGAGACGGAGAAGAAGCAGAAGAAGGGAAAGAUGAUAGCUCUCAGAAUCUGGUUUUCAACUCUCUGUAACUCGUCCAGGUUGCAGGAUUGAGAGAUGUCUUACUCGUCGCGGAGUUCCCUGGACUGUAAAGUCUACGUGGGCGACUUGGGCAAUGGCGCGGCAAAGGGCGAGCUGGAGCGAGCUUUCAGCUACUACGGUCCUCUACGGAGCGUCUGGGUGGCGAGGAACCCUCCCGGCUUCGCUUUCGUGGAAUACGAAGACUCCAGAGACGCCGAGGAUGCCGUGAAGGGCAUGGACGGAAAGAUGCUCUGCGGGGCGCGCAUCCGCGUCGAGAUGUCGAACGGGAUGUCUCGGAAGUCGCGUUUCGGUCGACCGAGCCGCAGACAGUUCGAUCCGAACGACCGCUGCUAUCAGUGCGGGGAGACCGGCCACUACGCCUACGACUGCUACCGCUACAACAAGAGAGGCGGCAGACGCAGCAGGUCUCGCUCUCGGUCCAGAUCCCGUGGCCGUCGCUACCACUCUCGCAGCCGUAGCAACGAGCGGAGGUAUCGCUCUCCAUCUUACUCCAGAAAGCGGAGCAGGUCGGCGUCCGCAGGCCGCUCCAGAUCCCGAACCCCAGUUCGACGCUCUCGUUCCCCGGCACGCCGAUCCAGAAGUCCUGCCCGGAGGUCUAGAACACCUGUUCGCAGGGCCAGUCGUUCUCAUUCACGUUCCCGCUCCGGCUCCAGACAGAGAGCACGCAGCGCUUCCAGAUCAAGAUCCAGAUCUCGCUCCGUAAGCAAGAAAAGAGACAGCCGUUCCAGGUCUGUCAGCCCGAGAAAGAGCCUGACCCCUGAUGCCGACUGAUUUGGAAUGUCCACCACCACCCCUCUCUCUUCCCUCUCUCUCUCCAUCCCCUCUUUCUUCAGUGCUUUUCUGCUGUACCUCAGUCAACUGCUGAACUUUCAUCACACAGUCGUUAUGACUUCUGUUCCAUCUCAGACACCUCUUUCGGUUUCAGACAUCUGUGUCCACACCUGUAUUUCUCUUCUCUCCUGCCUACCUCUUUUUGCCUCUUUUUUUUUUUUCUUUCAUCUUUUUUUUGACGCAGAAAGUUUCUCUUCCAUUUUAAAAUGUAUAAUUAAUGGUUUUAAGCCAUUUGUUUUUAGUUUCAGGCCCGAGACUGUGGUCUGUAGUGAGCGGGUCGGUCAGCAGUGUCGGGGUUGAAGGGGGGAAAAAAAAGAAUGAGCUAUGAUUGGGUCAGGGCUUCAAGUGUGUUUGGUUGGUUGUUUGGUUUUUUUUAAUUUUUGGUUUUUUUUUUUUUCUUCCCCUGCUAAAUUGCCAGUGAUCUUUUUAAAUAAAGUGAGUCUUUACACAUCAGCGUUUCUUCACCGUCUGAUUAAUUUUUCGUCGGAUUGAGGUGCAACCUGCAGGUAUAAACGUUUCUCAAUUUUACAUUUAUACGUUUCUUAAUCUGUUUUUUUGUGAAGCUGCUUCGCAACAUUUUCCAAAUACGCAAAUGACGUUGUUUCGAGUGAGCUGUAGAUCCUAGGAGCCGAGUUUGAUCAUUUUAUAUAUAAAGAUUUUUGUAAAUAUUAUAUAAAAAUUAUAAUUUUUUUUUCUCCCCCUUUUCUUCCCGUGAUUUAUUUGCCGGAAAAUGUCCAUAAUGUAGUGUUUAAGGUAUAAAUGUUUUAGCUCUAAUACCAUAUUGGAACAAAUGUGAAUGCAGGAUGAAAUAUUGUGGAAAUAUAGAAGAGAGAAACGUAUUGCGGAUAUUUGAGUGUCUAUUGUUAAAAGUGCUUUACUAAUAAAAAGGAAUUGAAUAUUUUAA